AAAGUCGUCAAGUUGGUCUAUACAUAGCUGUUUUAGAUCCUGAUCAGGCUUUUGAAGAUGUGUCGUCAAGAAACAUGACUGAAAGUGUAAAGUUAUAUCUCAAGUUCACGAGGAGAAAUCAAGAUAUUGUUAAUUUAAGAGGCAAAACUGACGUGUCCGAGUGGUCCAAGGAGCCAGACUUAAGAUCUGGUAUGCGAAAGCAUGCGUGGGUUCAAACCCCACCGUCAGCAAUUGUUUAA